CUAUUACGCGUAUAUAUAAUGAUUAUCUGCAAUUAUACUGUGUAGUACUCAAGGCGCAUCUCAGUCCACAAUGCACGUGGUCAAGAGGUUAACAGUCUCUCUGUCGUCUCUCAGACGCCACUACGUACCUGUAUCAAGGUAUAAGCGAGGUUAUGGCCCCUAUGGGUUAUGGAAUCUCGUUCAAUGUGUAAGGUGUAGCACAGGACCAAGUCCUACCCAGACUCCUGUGUUAGACCCUAGAUAUAACAAGAAUGUGAGCUCACUGUUUGCUUUGGGCGUGUCUUCUCCAAGUGAUUUACACGUUCUAUGUGAUGAAGCGGUUGAUGCUAGCACCGCUGUUGUUGCUUCAGUCCUUGAGCAACAUGCGCAGGGAAGUUUGGACAACAAGGUUCUACUGUAUACCAUUGAUCAUAUCUCAAACACUCUAUGCCUGGUGGCUGAUCCUUGUGAGCUGCUUAGGCACGUACACCCGUGUGGUGAAUAUCGCAAUGCUGCUAAUAUGACCGUCGAGAAGAUAUCCUCGUUCAUCAGCCGCAUUAACAUCGAUGAACAGUUAUACGAUAUAAUGACGAGCGCCUAUCACAAGUCACAUGACUCCUUGAACACCGAGGAGCAACUGGUCCUGCAUCAUAUGAUAGAGUCAAUGAGGAACCAGGGUGUUGGCCUAUCUCCCUCAUUAAGGGCAUCCUACCUUGAGCUACAGCGGGAGGAGGCUGCCAUAUCGUUUGAUCUCUCUGACAGCGCCACUUUGAAGCACGCUUCCGUGGGUAGUAUAAAUGGUCGGAUCAUCCCACAAAAUCCAGCUGUAUACGCCUAUAUACUGCGAAAUUCCCCGGAUGAAUCUGUGCGCCGUGUCAUAUGGGAAGCCCAGACUAAAAGCGACCCCGUGGCCCUGGAUAAGCUAUUACGCCUGCACCGUAUACGUAGCUCCAUCGCCAAGACUCGAGGUUUCCGCAACUUUGCGGAAUGCGCACAGAGGGAGUGCAUUAUGAACAACCCUGAAGCAGUUGAGAAAUUCCUGCGGAAAUGCGCGGCAUCACUUGUUACGCCGCUACAAGAGGAGUUCCAUGAACUAUCCGUGCUAAAGCAAAGACUAUUACUAAAGGGUACUUCUAUGAUACGGCCUUGGGAUAUAGAUUAUUUAGUAUCCAUGGAACGUGACAAGUUGGGUGUCCAGUUUCGCGUAAGCACGGUACUGGCGUAUUUUGAGCGGUUAAUGUGCGACAUGUUUGGCGUCAAGCUUGUACGCGACACUUCAGAGCCGCUGUGGCACCCACUAGUGGCCAAGUACACCCUGGUCCGUAAUACUCAUAUUCUGGACAGUGCCACUGAGGACAACUCCUCUAGAGGAUCCGGUGACUCUGGCUUACAGAUAGCACAGCUGUAUGCGGAUUUGUUUGCACGUGAGAAUAAAGUUAAUGUCUGCGCGCAGUUUACCGUAAGGUGUUCUAGGUUGAUACGUGGAGUUGAUUCCCACAUUGAACACGGGAGCUCUAGGGAGUAUGUAACUACGACGUACCCCGAUGGAUCCCAGAGACAAGUGCCUGCCACAGCCAUUGUCUGCAGUUUUGCUGCAAACGGGGUACAUGAUGACGUGGAUAGUGCCUUGGAUAGGACUUACAUAGACCUCGGGUCGGCGAUGACACUGUUCCACGAACUGGGACACACCGUACACGCACUGCUGAGUCGUACCGAUUUGCAGCACUUAUCUGGUAACCGAGGCGGAGUUGACUUUGCCGAGUUCUCAUCGCACCUGUUUGAGUUAUACUUCGUUGAUGGUCUGGGAGAAAUGUGCAAUAUAGAGGGCCUGGACAUAUCUGCAUCAACGCGAGCAAGCAUGUUCUUCAAAAAGUACCGCGCAGUAGACGCUGCGCGGAUGGUACUGAUGGCAAUGCUUGACCUCAAGUUCUACAGCAGUGAAUCCGUUACCAUCGAGGAAGUAAAUCGGCUAUAUACCUCAUUGGGUAUAUUUGAAGAGCAGUACCAGGGGGAGCCCAUGGCAGCUAUUUUGGGUUUGCCGGCAGUGACUAAUUUCGACCACUUGGUACCGUACGGGGCUACCUACUUCUGCUACCUGUACUCAAGGGUACUGGCGAUUAAAGUAUGGCGUUCCUUUGGGAAUAGCGCUAGAUGUCGGCUAACAGGUGACCUUCUAUCACAAUUCUUCGCUAAGGGAUCAAUUGAUGCUUCCAUCAAGCCGCUUAACGAUCUCGCUCGAUGCGACCUGGAAUCUAUGGAAGAUGACUUAUUUAUGUAAUAUACAUGA